AUGGCGAACAAAUCAACACCCGGUGACGACCAGCAGCAGCAGCAGCCCCAAGGCCAGGAGUACAUUUAUGGGGCCUUCACCAACGGAGCCCUCGUCUGGACGCGGAACAAUGUACAGGUCCUGAAGCAGAAGCAGGGCGACACGGCCUUUGUCAACACUGUCAUCCAGCGCGGCGCGUCGACAGCCUCCAGGGCGGCAUCAUCAUCGUCGUCGGCGGCCUCCCCUGCCGCACCAUCUUCAAAGGGCGGGAGAGUUGAGAGUAAGGCGGCACGUUUCCGCGUGCGCUUCCAGGAUGCACGGCCUGCACCCGCCUCCAAGGCCAGCGAGAAGCGCAGGCAGAGCGAGUCCAGGCGCGCGACCCCCGGCGCAAAGGUUGACGCGGAUCACUCGGAGCGACUCGUUGUGAGGCGGAAGAGCACAUCUCCAGAGCAGCAGCAGCAGCAGCAGCAGCCUCAUCUCAUACAGGUCCAGCCCAAACAGAUCAAGGUGGAGGAACAGAGCCCCGGGGUGCCGCCAUGCAUCAGCGGCUGGAUCAUGCACGACGUCCCCUUCACCAUGACGGGAAAGGACAAGGCCGCCCUGCGCUUCUACCUCGACGUGUUGCCGCGGAGGACGUACCCCUUCGAGGCGUGGCACAUCCUCACGUACAACCCGUUGCGGAACCGGGAAAUCUACGAGAAGCUCUUCAGCGAGGAGAUGGUCCUCAAGUGCGCCAUCUCCGUCGGCGCCGUCUACGAGGCGUCGUGCCAGGGGAUUGAGACGAUACCGGUCAUGCAUCACUACGCCAGGUUGUGUCGCUACAUAGUUGAGCUGCUGCAGCAGCCGUCGCUGGAUAAUCGGAAGCACGUCCUGAUCCAGGCCAUAUCCACCCUGGCCUUGCUAGCUCACUGGAGCGAUCGGGACGAUCUAUGGCACAUACACAUGAACGGGCUGCAGCAGUUUAUCCAGAGCACGGGCGGGGUAGACUCCCUGACCCCGGAGAUGAAAUGGAUAGCAUACAAGGCGGACAUAACAGGCUCUGCCGAAAAGGCCCUCGACCCCCUCCUCCCCAUCGCCAACCGCCAGCACCGGUCGGUCAUGGACAUGGUCGACGACGACAAGAAGCGCGAGAUCACGGCCGUCUUCCGCCGCUGGGUCCUCCCGUGCUGCACCGACGAGAAGAUGCUCGACAUCUUCGUCUCGGCCGCCCUCUUCAUGGUCGCCGUCUUCCGCGUCCGCGAGACGGGCACGGGCCAGUUCCACCCGGACGCCAUGAUGGAGGACCGCUACAGUAUGGCCUACCUCAUCCAGAACUACCCGACCCCCAUCGGCGCCCCCGCGCGCGACGACAGCGCCAGCCCGGACUCUUCUUCAUCUUCGUCUUCGUCGUCUUCGCCCGACUCCGUCACGGCCGCCUCCGAGGCCGCCGCGCUGCUCAAGGGCGUCGAGACGUCCAUGCGCCUCGCCAUCUCGCUGUACGGCAAGGAGAUCGUCCAUGAUCCCUGGGACCGCGCGGGCGACCUCCCCGCGCUGCUGGGCCUCAUGGCUAGGCACCUGCGGGCGGUGACGACGGCCCUGCGCGAGGCCAAGCGCGAGAUGGCGGCGGCGGUGCACGACGACGGCGUGGGCAGGGCGGGCUUCGUGGUCGUCGAGGCGGUGCGCCCCUUGCUACUAUUCCUCGUCGUGCUCGGGUGGGUGGUGUCGGAGUCGCGGCGGCUGCGGGGAGCGAGGGCGUGCGAAGACGUCGAGGUAUUCUCCGACCUGCUCGUCGAGAUUGUUGGGUCCAACGCGGCGCAUCUCGAGAGUCGGGUGCCAGAUGAGUACUGGGCCAUCUGCCGCAUCGCCGAGUUCAGGAACAUCCGCGGCAGGGACUGGGACCUGCACCGCACGGUUAGCAGGAUGAUGGACGAGUGGCUGGCCCGCAGAGAGUCAUAA